AUGCUUUCCGACAACCUAGCAAUCCCCAAGGGAUCUCGAAUCCUCGUUACAGGAGCCAACAGCUACAUUGGCUCCCACAUUGUCGACCUUCUUCUGGAACUUGGCUACGCUGUUCGGGGGACUGUUCGUGAGAACAAGCCUUGGCUGAAUGCUUUAUUCGAAAAGAAGUAUGGCAAAGGUCAAUUUGAAACUGUCAUCAUACCCUCGUUAGAAGCGCCCGGUGCUUUCGAAUCUGCAUUAGCAGAUGUGGCCGGCGUGGUACACGUGGCGUCUGUCGUGUCGUUCAGCUCGGAUCCGAACGAAGUUGUAACACCUGUUGUCGCCGCAACUAUCAAUGCACUGCAGGCGGCUUCCAAGCACUCUUCAGUGAAGCGAUUUGUUUUAACCUCAUCCUCAACUGCUGCACUUCUACCGCCCCUGAAUAAGAAGGUUGUAGUAACGGAAGUGGCUGCAUGGAGUGAUAGCACUCCUCCUGAAGCAAAGGGUUUCAGCAAUUAUGCGGCAUCUAAGACAGAGGGUGAACGUGAAGCUUGGAAGUGGAUCAAGAAGAACAAGCCCGGGUGGGGGCGUAUCCUCGCCCCACAGAUCCCGGGAUCAACAAUGGGCUGGACACGAAAUCUUCUUAAAGGAGAUGACUUUGCGAUAAAGACAUUUCCACCUCAGUGGUACGUGCAUGUGCGAGAUAUUGCUCGACACCAUGCCAUUGCCCUACUGGCUCCUGCUAUUCACGAUGAACGCAUUUUCUCCUUCGCUGGCCCGUUCAACUGGACGGAGGUGCUUGCCAUUUUGCACAAGCUUCGUCCAGAGGCCCAGCUGCCGGACGCGCCGGAGAACGAGGGUCGUGAUCUAAGCGACAUCAAGCCGGCGAAGAGAGCGGCGGCCUUGCUUAAAGAGUACUUUGGGAGAGAUGAUUGGACGAGUAUGGAGGAGGCGUUAGCGGAGGGAAUUGAGGAAGUCGAACAGUAA